UUCUACGCUGCGACCUCCUCGUCCCCAUUCCGUACCACCACGACCACCCAUCCCACCACCGCCCACCGAUCGGUCGCCCAUGGACGCCGACGAACCCUCCGCCGCCGCCUCCCGCUCCUCCUCCGACGACACCUUCUUCGACGCCCUCGACUCGCUCCCUUCCCCUCCCCCUCCACACACCCCCUCCCCCUCCACCCUCCGCCGCCGCCCGCGCCGCGCAAAAAGUCUAAAGCAGCCCGAACCCGUCCUCUCCCCUUCCCCCUCGGCCUCCGCCGCCACCUCCACCAUCACCGCCGUUGACGACGGGACUCUCAGGCCCGAAUCCUCCGAGGCCACCAGCGCCCCCCGCUCUCCCCCGCCCACCGAGGAGGAUAAGGAUGCGGAUGUUGAUGUGGAUGCUCGUGCCUCUACCCCGACGCCGGCGCCGAUGCGGGGCAUUCUCGAGUACCUCGCCGUGCUCAUCAUCAAGGCGGUGGUCUUCCAGGUCAGCGCGCUCAUCAGCUGCCUCGCGUUCCCGAUUCGUCUGCUGCAAUGGUGGUUCCUCUUCGUGAUUGACCCGCUCAGCCUGGCCCGGCGCGCGAGGGCGUGGGCGCUCGGGGUAGUUGGAGAGGCUGCGGGCGCUGUUACCGCGCGGCUCGGAGGAGGGGACAGUGUAGGGAAGGUGGCGCAGAGGCUAGUGUGGGGGUCGCUCUGGGCCGUGUACGUCUGUGUGGUUCUGUGUGCGCUGCUGAUUAUGGCGUUCCUGGGAGGGGGGCUCUUGGUGGGAAGAAUCGUUGAGGAGCCUGUUCAGGUGACGGAGACCCUGAAUUUUGAUUACACCAAGCCUAGCCCGGUUGCGUUUGUGCCGGUGCCGCGGUUGGUUCCACCGAAUCAGCGGAUGCAGCUCGUGGUAUCGCUGACGCUGCCGGAGUCGGAUUACAACCGGAGGCUCGGUGUUUUCCAGGUAAAGGCGGAGUUUAUAUCUGCAGAUGGCAAAGUGAUCUCAACUUCGAGCCAACCAUGCAUGCUUAAGUUCAAGAGUGUUCACAUGCACUUCAUAGAGACUUUUCUCCGAAGUGUUUCUCUUUUGUCUGGCUAUUCCUCAGAAUCUCAAGUUAUCAGACUAAAAAUGAGGGGUAUUACUGUGAGUUCGGAACCAACAACAGGAGUAAGGAUAAUCCUAGAACAAAGAGCAGAGUUUGGUCCUGGUGCUGGCAUCCCAGAGAUCUAUGCUGCAUCGUUAAAGCUUGAAGCUGAACUUCCUCUUUUCAAGAGAAUACUCUGGAACUGGAGAUGGACUCUUUUUGUUUGGAGCAGUAUGGGGUUCUUUGUUUUUGAAUUGUUGUUUGCCCUUGUUUGCUGUAGACCUUGUAUAUUUCCGAGGAGUGGACAUAAUGCUGCUGCUCCUUAGGCUAACUCAUGUAAUGUACAACUCCGAAAUAAAUGAAAAGACGACGUUGAUGUGGUGCGA